GCUCGGCGGCGUUCGGUGCUGAAGUGGGGCGGAUGGCAGAAAAACAGCGGCGAUGGACAUUACACCGCAGGAUUCCCAUAUACGAUGUCAUUAAACGAACAUCGGAACACUGCGUUCUCACACCUUUCGCCCUAGGAUGCUGACAGCCCAACAAAAAGGGGAUGCUGUACCAUCACUGCUCCGUGUGCUCUCAAGUCCAUCAAUGACCCUUUUCUCCAAAAUCAAAGGACGCCUAGGAGUUCCCUGCAAGUGAAAUAAGGAAACAGAAAACAGGAGGAAGUCACAUUUUCACCUCGGCUGUCAACUACCCCUUUUCUGUGCCUGUCGGACAGGGAUGGUGAAACCAGUAACCCCUGUUCACCGUGGUGAAAAGAAGCUACCCACAUCUCCAGUGAGCAGAAACAGCCAGACCAUCAGCCAAACAGACAGCCCAGCAGCCAGUCACUCCGUCGACCAGCCUGCUCUCAUCCAGCAACUUAUUACCUCAUGCCAUGACCGCUCUGUGUAACCAGUGUUUAGGAACUCGCUAAUUCAUGCCCCGCAGUGUGAGUGGAGUGGAGAUGAGAAAAAGGCAGGCGGCACACAUCGAGGCCCCUCCCCAGGCCCCUGGACAGCCCCGACCCAACACCUGCUGCCUCUGCUGGUGCGGCUGCUGCAAGUGUCUCUGGAAUGAAGACAGACUUGAGAGGAGUGAGCGACAGACCUGCACCAAGAUGGAUAGUAUUGAAGCAACAGAAGAACAAUACCCAAGUCUCGAGGAGGUGCUGUCGUGGGCACGGAGCUUUGAGAUGAUGCUGCGCUCGUUGGAGGGCCGGGAGGUCUUCCAGGAGUUCCUGCGCUCGGAGUACAGCGAGGACAACCUGCUUUUCUGGUUGGCCUGUGAAGAGCUGAAAAAGGAGACAAAUCCCACCGUGGUGGAGGAGAAGUCGAGGAUCAUAUAUGAAGACUACGUGUCCAUAUUAUCACCCAAAGAGGUGAGUCUCGAUUCACGGGUCAGAGAAGGAAUAAACCUGACUCUGGCAGAGCCCAGCAACCUGAUGUACGAGGAGGCCCAGUUCCAGAUCUACACCCUGAUGCACCGCGACUCCUUCCCCCGUUUCCUCAACUCCACCGUUUACAGAGACCUCCUGGCCAACAGGAGGCGCGCCUGCCUCGACACCUAGACCCAUCUGACCUCUGUCAUCGCCAUCGUUCGCCAACGAGACUACUACUUAAACUUCAAAUACUACUAUGGUGCCAGAAGUUGGGUUUGAAAAUCUCUCCCUGUUUUUUUUUUUUUUUUUUUUGAUGAAGAGACUGAAUUACAUCCAAGAUAGCUGAUUUGUUUUUGGUUUUGUUUUUUGUUUUUUUUAAGCAAUUUCUAUCCAGUUCUCCACUGGUGCCAGGUCGGCCUUUGCUGGUUGGUUAUUGGUCAGUUUGAGACCAUUAAUGCUGGCCAGUGAUUGUUUUGCUAGCAGUUUGUGAUGUUUGUUAAGGCUGACUGGCCAACUCACGUGUGGGCCCGUUGGUUGAAGCUGCCAACAUGAUGGAGAGCUGUUUGUUAACUGUGGACAUCGACUCCUCAGAUGCUGGGGACGAAAAGAGAGAGAGACGGAAAAGACAUGCUAACUGUUCCUGUACUGUAAUAUUUAGACCUCAUACUUUGUCCUUUACUUUAAUAUUCUCUUUCUUUACUCAUUCUUUCUUAUCGUUUUUUUUUGUUUUUUAUUAUCUUGUCCCAUUCCUCGGAUGUGUUUUAUUUCUUUUCUGUCUGAACACACCAAGAUGUUGGUGGGAGUUAGGGCAUCUCUUGCCCAUUGUUCCUGUAGAAGCACUGGCUCUGCAUGAAACUCUCUCUCUCUCUACAGUAGCUUGACGAUGUAAGCCGCGGACUGCAACCGUUUUUGAAUAUUGAGAUGUAUUAGGACAGGUGACCUGUCUCUCUGGCUGUCUAUGUUCAGUGAAGGGAAAACGUACACCUCUGCCAAUUUAGAGCUUACUGCAUUUUUUAUUGAGGAGAUAUGGAGGCUCCUACAGCGAAGGCAGUCGCAGCAGCACCUACACAUGCGUCCAUCCAGAUGUCCAUCUAUCCGUCCAUCUGUCAGUAGAAGCACUUUCCUUCUUUAGGAUUCUUUAACUGGGAGAAGUAAGGGCUAGAAUUGUGGUUGGGCAGCUACAUGUAUUACUCAUGAACUUUCAAACAAAGAAAUCUCUCCGCUGAGAAAAUCACAAUGCCUUUACAUGUAAGAAAAGGCAGCACAAGGGCUGCUUUGAGUUUUUUUUUCUGGAGAGCAACCACAGUUUGUCCAAUGAUCCCUACAUCCCAUCUUUUUUCCCCUCCCUCCAACUCAGACCAUCACAGCCUGACAAGCACAGGUGCCCAAUGUGUGUGUGUGUGUGUGUGUGUUUGUGUGUGUGUGUGGGGGGGGGAAACCCAGCUGGACAAAAUAACCAUAAACGAACCAACAUUGACCGAGCAAAGUCAUCUACAUUUUAAAAUGAUUGCGUAGAACAGAGGAUUUACCUUUAAGUGUUGGAAAAGUGAAUCGACCUUUGUGGGAAAGCUGAUUCUGCAUAAAGAAAUAAGCAGAUUCAGCAGGCACUGGUGUUAUUAAAGGGCUUUCGGGCCCUGGCCUUUGCCUGUAAGGCUUUAGCUUUGGAUGCUGUAGGUAACUUGACAGUCGUUGGACUGGGAUGUCCAAUAUCAAUCUGGAGAUAUGUGACCCGGGUGCCAAACAUGAUGUCAAAGAUGCUGUGUAGAGAUAUUAGAUGUGACUGGUCUCUGUCUGUUUCUCUUGCAGGUGAGGUUUGUAGACUGUAAGGUAGUACUACAAAUAUCUACUGCAUACUAAAGACACUCGUUUUUUUCCUAGAGCUAGUGGAGAGGGUUGGUAUAAUAAUACUAACAUGCUAACAUUCCGGGCUAGCAAAGAAUUUUGUGUAGUCAUGCUACAUGCUAGCCUCGUCAACAAGGCUGACUAGGUUUAAGCAUGCUGCAGGCGGCUAGCAUGUUUGUGCUAGCAAUGCUAAUCUUCCAUCCCACUGCCAGCCCUCUCACACUCUGGUCGGUUUUUAAAUCUGACUUUGACAGCAUGCGAUGAUAAUUGCUCUAUGUAUGUGUGUAUGGUACAGUUAACACACCCAACGAAACAUUUUUGAAAAGAAGAACAUUUAUGUGGUUUUUGCCAAAUGUCCCAUUUAAAAUGAUAAAAGUAUAUAAAUGGAACUUUUUUUUAAUGAUGAUGUGAACAUGAACUUUGUUCCUGGCCUGUGGAUGUGCAGUAGAAAGUGCAUGAGUGCAGUGUGCUAUUUUCCAUGUUCAAUCAACCAGGCCUCCGAGUAUAUACGUAUUCUACCACAUGAUGAUUAGUAGACCUUCUGGUUUGGUGGUUAAUGCGUCUUAAAAGUGUCAACGAAAGAGUGCCACUCCUCAAGGAUAAAUGUGGGCAUCAUUGUUGCCACUUACUUUUAACUACCUGAAGUUUAUGUGCCAAGUUGGUCUAGAUUCCCUUUGAAAAUGCAGAAUGUCUAGCAGACUAUUAUAAUUGGAUGUAGUUAGUAAUAAAAGAUUGGAGUCUACCUUAACCUUUGUCCCACUACCUUAGAUUUGUUUUGAAUUGAAUUUUGUUAAAUUAAUUUGCAUGACACCUGUCAGAAAAUGCAAUAUCGUAUGUCUAGUUAGUAAAGUUUACUAGCGAAACUAAAUAAGGAAACUAAUUGAAUUUAUCUUUUUUUUUUUUAAAGAUAUAGAAAUUCUCUACAAAAGGCCUAAGUGAAAGAGUCCACAGAGUCAAUCCCGUUUUCCUCCCAACUUACUUUCACUCACUGUUAAAUGCUGACUGGAUGAAACUGCCAGUUCAAAACCAACUCAUCAUAUUGAUACAGACGCUUUCAGUCAAGUACUUGUUUAAGUUAAUGAAAUAUAUGCUGCAAUGUCCAGAAAGCAAGUCUAAACCAAUAACCACCCAGCAGAAAGUAUACUAUAUAUUUAAUCUCACAACACAGUACUCACUUUAGACUACAUUGAUACCCAUGAGGACUUGAUUCAUAGUUCUUAGAUGCUGUAAUGAAGAUCUGUGCAUGCAUGUGCUCAGUUGUUCAGUGGUAGAUACAGAUUCAGGGUCAUUCACCAACUCUGACACUGAAGGAGAGAUUUUCCAGAAAAGCAUUUCAGUUGUUGUAUGUCGACUAUUCUGUCAUUUUUGACUCAGCAGGAGGAAGCCUGCCACUCUUAAAUCUCUCCAUCAGACACAUUUCUCCACUACCCAGUACAGCUAUGUUUCCUUGUUGCUGAGUCUAUACGGUAAUCAACACAAGAAUGUUUCACCAAGAACCAGAAAAUGAAAUCAUGGUGCAAUUAAACCGAGUUUACAUGUAUAAAUUGUGAGAUGUGUGUACCUUGUUAAAUAUUCUGUAUGUUGGGAAGCUUACUGUCUCCGGUGAGAGCAGAGAAGCCAGCAGGUUUUGUCGCUGGCCUGAGACUUUGCGCUGUGCUAAAAGCGGUUAGCACUCUCCGGGGUUUACAGGGAGGACAGACACAGCAGAAACCCAGGUAACAGUGUUUUACAGGGAGGACAGACAAAGCAGAUAGAAUGAUUUUCUGCUUCAGUCCUUUCCUUUUUACUUAUUGUGACUUUUACAUAGCUAGGGGAGGGGAGGGGGGGGGGGGGGGGUACACAGCUGUUUAUUUUUAUUAACUGCAUUUCAAAUGUGGAUUUUACAAGCAAUGCUAAUGAUGUGAAGUGAUGUAGUGUCAUCACUGAGUUUGGAUUUUUUGUCUUUAAAAUCCCAUGGGUACCAAGUGAGCGGGUGUUUUGAAAACAUGGCUGUGGUUUGGUUUUAUUUGACUGAAGAAUACAAAACAUUGAGAGCUGAAGUGUCCUGAUUUGUUGGAGGAGGUUUGAGAAACUUUGGCCUUAAUGACAUUUUUUUUUCAUUGUAUAAAAAAAAACAACAACAACGUCUCUGUAGGCUUUUCACUACCUCUCAUGUUGGUUAAUUUAUUUCACAUCUAGUUGUCAAUUUACAAGUUGUUUUUAGAUCUACUUGAAGCCUAACACUGUAAACAAAAUGUGCACAGAAAAAAAAGACUAUGUAUAUGACCAGAGGGGUUAAAGAGAGUUUGGCCUAGUCCACUUUUUUUUGUAUGUAUGUUUGUUUUUAAUUAUGCUGAGCUGAACUAGAUUUUGCAUCUCUGUAAAGAAUUCAGGAAUCCACUGUCUAAGGGCUAAUCCCAUUUUGCCUAUGCAAAUCUGUUACUGUGGGUGAGUUGGGAAAGGGCGAACUACCGCACCUUUCAUCGGGUUUAGAUGGACCAUGGUUUACAUUGCCCUUUGCUGGUAUUCUUCAAUCUUAUUCAGCAAAAAUGUACGCUUAUUUUUGUUUCUAUAUAAAUAUAUAUAAAAUCUAUAUAUAUAUAUAACAAGUAAUAUACAGAGAAAAUAGUAUAUGCCUUCGUGAUGAUAAAAAAGAAACCUUUCUGAAAACAAAUAAAUGUGUGGUUGUCUGACAUUAUGUUGCUGUGUGCUGGAGUCUUGGUAAGAUGAUAAAGAUGACUGAAAUUAAACUGACAGUUAAGAGGGGAAAAAGUAAUUUCUCAGUAGUAGCUGACCCUGUGCAGUAGUUCUGAAAGCAUUAUUUAUUUCAGGCUCAACCACAUCCUGACUGUCUGUGACACAUUUUUUUUAUCCAGCCUUGGCCUGUUAUGUUAAUAAGGUAUGUGGGUCAAUAUCGAUUUGUCAUAGUUUUUAUUGUUAAUUUUACAGCAACACUGUUACUUUUGUUAAGCAAAGGCUAUUGUUGCCCCAGCGGACAGUUGGGGGGGGGGGGGGGGGAUAAGGGCAGAUGAUGGGCUACAUGUGCAAAAUAGCACAAGUAGAAUAGAGUCAUCAUAAAGUCAGCAAAAUUCAGUAAUGUCAAUAACAUCUGUUUAAAGUUUGCCACAACAAUUGAGUGGUCUCACCAGACCAAGUGAGGCUGAAGCACCAAAACCUUUGAAUAAAUUAGCCGAGGUGCAUUAACUGUUUAACAAUUUGUUAUUUGUUUGACAACUUUUAUCUCUAAAUUCAAAAGUUGCAGAGUCUGACUUUGAAGGGCUGAGUUGGAGCAAACCUUGAAACAAGAUGGGUCAUUAAUGGUAUCAGCAUUUGAGAUGUGCACUGUCCAAACAAGCAAGUUACAUUAUAAAACCAGUAUGUCAUUCAUAAAAAAAAAAAUCCACAAAUCAUGAAAUCAUGAAGAGUUUAUCAGGAUCUUUUCAUUGUUUGUCAGUGAAAGCUGAUGUGAGCCUCAAAGUAAAGCACCGUGUCAUCAGCAAACAACAGCAACUUAUUUUUCUAUUCUUGUUCUUUUUGUAGCCACGUCCAUUCAGACUAUCACUGUGUUAAUAUGGUAGCAUUGAUAAAGGAAACAUCAGCAAAAGUGGGUUUUCUUUUUAAUACUCCACUGGAGAAAAGUCAGUAGUAUGUUACUGAGAAGAUCGAUCUCGCAAGCCAUCUCCAGCUUCUAGUUGAGGUUCGAUUUUGGGUUUGGUAAUUUAUUUUCUUAUUUUUUUACAGACGAUUUAGCUCCUGAACAGAUAUGGAAGUGAGAGUAGAAGGGGUUGAUGUAUACAUUUAUCCAGCUAUUCCUCACAAUGUAUCAUGGCUCUAGAAAGGUGGGUUCAUUUGACUGAUGUUGGUUUGAAACCUAGUUUGUGUGUUCCCUGUGUGUUGGAUUUGGUGCCUCUUAAUGCUUCAAAGCAGACCUCGAGAUCUCUUUCUGUUUUUUUUGCUCUGUCUGUCUCACUUCCUCUCCCUGUAAAAACAAACGAUGCUGUUAGCAGUAGGAGCAGAGACAGCAAAAUCACACAGAUGUUUGUUUCCUCCGACACAAACAGUCACCCUCAUUAUUUGGUUUGAACCUCUCCGAGGGGUGUUUAAGCUACAAAGGAAAGUGAUUAUGCUCGUGCAAGUACUGGAUGAAGUUGGAUUGAAACAGAUUUAGGCAAUCACUUUUCUCUUUAUUGAUUUAGAUGCCUAAGCCUCAAGGGUUUUUUUGUCAUGCCUUUGUAGAUAGAUCGCAGAUGAUCCGUGGGUGAAAACAAAAACAAUUUUACAGUCACUUUAGGCGAUUAAAAAAAGUGACAUUUUUUCUAUUCAGCAUGCUUUUGCUAAAUAAAUGAAAUAAUUCAGUUAUUUGCUAUAAACGAUACUGUAUGAGUAUGUAUUCAAGUACUGCAGUAUGCAGACAAUUAAAAAUAUCAGAAACUCUUUUAAGAGGUUCAUAUUUUUCUUCUAGUAUGUUUCACUAAUAUUGAUGGUUAUGAGUUCUCAAUUCUUGUUUUGAGUGUCUUAUGAAUUGCCAGAAUAACUUAAUGACCCUAUUUGUAUUAACAAAUAUACUCUAUGGCUGGUUACUUACUACCACAUGCAUGUCUUGCCGAGUAAUUUAACCAAGACAGUGAUAGGUGCAGUCUUUUUUUUCGAUCAGAAGUUAGGUCAAUCCAGAGCAGCAACUUUGUUUUUCUGGUUGCUUGACAGCUUUGAUGAUGACUGGGUUCCUGACCAUUUUAUUGACACCAAACUAGGAAAUUUGAUCCUAGUGGUCACUGCUGGUAAACAAGGAUAUGCAAGUGAAAUAUAUUCCCUUAAAGACCAUUAUCUUUCUGCACAUAGAGAAUGAGGGCUCUAAAGGCUUAGCAUCAAACAGCAGCCACAAAGAGUAAGCCUAUGAGUUCAACAAAUUGUGCAACUUCCUUGAACAUCUCAGAGCACCGUGUUGCUAACCAUCAGGGUCGGCCUGAAGAAACAUCGGGUUGCUUUUCAUCAUGACUUUGAAUUUUAUCAAAGGAAACUGAUCAUCACUCGUUGAUAAUCAGUUGCUAUCAAAAAGCGCCCUGAGAUGCAAAAAAACCUUCAAGUGUAGCAGUGGGGGGGGAAAAUGUCUCCAUGACAAGUCCAACCUUGAAGAAUAUACUGUAAAGCUGUACUUCAAGAAAAUGCCGGUACAAAUUAACAGAACUACUUAUUAUGAAACGUUUACAUUGCGAGAAACAAAAAAUAAUUUUAGCAUUGGCAAUUCCCUGCUUGAUAGUGCAAUGCAGACGUGACAGUAUUUUAAUCAAGGAGAGUAAAAUAAAAGUUAGUUAAAACAUUCAUAACAAAAAUUUGCUGAGUAAAACAGUAGUUAAAAUGUGAGGGGUGUGUGGAGUCAUCUUCUUCCUCAGUUUUAGAAGAGCAAAUUGAUACCACUCUUGAAUCUGUGCUUACUGUGAAGCUACAGCCAUACGGCUAAUUUGUUUAGCUAGUACUAGCUAGUAGGUUGAAACUGCGUGCCUGGUUCGGUUCAUAUCAAAAACCCACUCAAUUUUGUUAUGUACAUGUAUGAACAACAGCGACAAAUGUAAAACAAAAUGUUGAUAUUUGUUUAAAAGGGGGUAAAGUUUGAGACUAUUCCAAGAUAGCUAAACAUGAAUUGUCUUGUCUUGCCAAGCUAAGCUUCCCGGCUGCUAGCUCCAUUUUCAUAUUUAUCAUACAGACUUGAGAGUGGUAUUACUCUUCUCAACUAACUUUCCACAAGCAAAUACAUAUAUUUAUGAGGUAUAAAACUACCCUUUCAGAAGGUAAAAUAACAGUUUAAAAGAAUGAAAAAACAGGUUUAAUUUGUGUGAUACAGUGGUCAUGAGACUGUACAUGUGAGUAAGAUAUAACAGUAAGCAGGUCAAAGUUAUCAUUAUAAAAUGAAACAUUGUGUUCGACUCAAAUUGUUCCUUUCCAUUAAACACAAUUUGUCUUUUGCUGUUAUUUCUGUCAUCUCUGAAUCAUCUAUUUUAUAAUCUAUUUCAUAUUAAACAUGAAGGACUUUGUAAACCUGAUGUGGAUUAAAAGCAACCACAUCAGGUCCUACUGAAAUUGUAACCAUGUCACAUAAAAGAAAUAUGGUGAAUAUUUUCAUUUGUUUUGAAUUAUUUUUAAUUUAUUUUAACAGGAUGCUUUUUUCAGUUAUUGAUAUUUUUUUUAUUUAAUCUCAAAAGAGUUACCAUUAUGUCAACAUUGUCAUCUGUUGUGGUACAUUUUGUUCUAUGGUUCAGUCUCUUUGUUUACAAGAUGACAUCUUGCAUUAAGAGAAAAACUCUAAUCUAUGGUAACUGCCCUUGAUUAUCUGUAAUUUAACUAGUGCUGCUAGAGAAAGAAAUCUAAAUGUAACAACUUACAAUAAAUACUUAAUAGAUUUUU